AUGACCUCUAACAGUUAUUUGGAUCCUUCAACAUCAGUUUAUUUUAAUAAAAAGACAGUAUUUUCUGCCAACCUGAACUUGGCCACCAUACGAAGCAAAGGCUUUAUCCGUCCUCAUUCUCCACAUCAGGUUGAUCCAUGGAACUUGAAGCCACCAGAUUUCUCUCCUAAACUCUACACAUCUCUGAGUGUCCCUCGAAGGAAGAACACAAAAAAUACACACCAACAUUUACUGUCACUUGCCUCCAGUGAGACAGCCUUCAGAGUGGACAGAGUUACCCCAAACAUUCUACUUACUGAGAUUGACCAGAAUAAGAAAGCCUUGCCAAAGUUCAGUACAUCAUACAGACCUCCUGGCUCUUUAGAAUCCAAGCUGAUGUUCGUUAAAACAGGGAAAUACCCUCCUGUGACCUACAAGAACCCUAAACCACAUAACUUUAGACCGCUUGCUGAUGACAUGCCAAAUAUAGUUACUGCAGCUGAAAGGGAUCCUGGUCACUUGAACUUCAAAUCUCAGCACCUGAGUAUAAGUAAGUCAGCUUUCCUGGAUAUUGGUGUGUAG